AAAACGGAGCAGAAAAUCAAAUAAAUUUGCAUCACUGUCUCUGAAACCUGUAAAAAAGCCCUAACUAGACAGACCCAGAUUCUAAAGAUGUCCGGAGAAGAAGAAGAGAAUGCGGCCGAGCUUAAAAUCGGAGAGGAAUUUUUGAAGGCCAAGUGUUUGAUGAAUUGUGAAGUUUCGUUGAUUCUUGAGCACAAGUUUGAGCAGCUUCAGCAGACGUCUGAUGAUCCCAUGAAUCAAGUUUCCCAGGUUUUUGAGAAAUCAUUGCAGUAUGUGAAGCGCUUCAGUCGGUAUAAGAAUCCUGAUGCUGUUAGACAAGUUAGAGAAAUCCUGAGUAGAUAUCAGUUGGCUGAAUUCGAGCUGUGUGUGCUUGGCAACCUUUGCCCUGAAACUGUAGAGGAAGCUAUUGCUAUGGUACCUUCCAUUAAGACCAAGGGGCGGGCUCAUGAUGACGAGGCAAUCGAGAAAAUGCUGAAUGACCUAUCACUAAUCAAGAAAUUUGAGUAGCGUUCUUCUAUCUCUAUCAGUAUCGAUAAUGCAAGACGAGACAUUUGAGGCCUCCUUGAGUUAUUAUUGUUGUAUUUUUAGAUAACACUUGCGAUAUCAAAAUAUUUAAACAUUGUUAUGGUUUUUCUUUACUUUCCUCUCUCUCUAUUUAACUUGUGGAUUGAUCCUAGAUCCCAGUUAUGAAUCUGUACAUGAUAAUGGAAUUCCAA